GCAGAUUCCGUUACACCAGCGAUGGAUGAUGUAUAAUUCUUGGAAACUUAAAGCUCUUGAAAUUGAAGAAGAGCGAGCUGCUCAACUUGAAAAGUUAUACUUUGAAAAUGCCAACAAGUUGAAAGACGUCCGGAAUUUGGAAUCUGCUGAGAUAUGCCAAAGAGCUGAUAUUGUAGGAUUGACUACCACGGGAGCAGCCAGACAAAGGGCUCUUUUGAACCAUCUAAAGCCGAAAAUAGUUGUGGUGGAGGAAGCCGCAGAGGUGUUGGAGUCCCAUGUAGUUUGCGCAUUAUCGACUUCAUGUCAGCAACUGAUUCUCAUCGGAGACCAUCAGCAACUGAGGCCACCUGUAACAGUAUACAAAUUAGCCAAAGAUUACUUCCUUGACGUCUCUCUGUUCGAGAGGCUGAUAAAAAAUGGAAUGGAGCCUUGCGUUUUGGGUGUGCAACAUCGCAUGCGUCCGGAAAUAGCUCGACUGAUUGUUCCCUCGAUCUAUCCUACAUUGGAAAACCACUCGUCAGUUCUAGAGUAUCCCGGCGUACGAGGAAUGUCAUCAAAUGUUUUCUUCCUGGCGCACACGGAACAAGAAGUCGAAGAUAACGAAGGAAAAAGUCACUUGAAUCCUUAUGAAGUGGAUCUUUCCCUGGCCUUGGCGCGUCAUUUGAUCAUGCAGGGAUACACCCCAGAACAAAUCACCAUACUGACGACGUAUUCCGGACAACUUCUUCAUUUUUUCAAGAUCCGCCGGAGUCAUUCUGCUGUCCAGUCUGUCCGUAUUUCCGUGGUGGACAAUUUCCAAGGCGAAGAGAAUGACAUUAUCAUUCUGUCCCUUGUGAGGAGCAAUGUUGAUGAAAAUAUUGGAUUUCUACGCAUCGAGAAUCGAAUCUGUGUCGCUCUGUCGAGAGCUAAACACGGUUUCUACAUGAUUGGCAAUAUGCAAAAUCUCCAAGGAAAGAGUAAAUUGUGGAAAGGGAUAAGUCAGAUUCUUGAUUCCAAUGGCCAACUAGGAGCGGACUUUGGUUUGAGAUGUGAUAUCCACGAUGUUGUUACUCAAGCUCGUAAAGUGACAGAUUUUCCACCGGAAGGAGGGUGCAUGAAUAAGUGUUCCUCUAAAAUGCCGUGUGGGCAUAUUUGUCCCAAGAUUUGUCAUGCGGGUGAUCGCGAUCACGUCCUCUUCGAGUGCCAAGAAAAUUGCAUCCGCUUUUGCUCUGUCGGACAUCCAUGUCCAAAGAAGUGCUUUAAAGAUUGCAACCCUUGUAUGGAACGAGUGACUAAGAUGCUUCCUUGUACACACGAGCAAAUGGUGUUGUGUCACCAAGAUCCUACCAAAGUGUUUUGCCAGACGUCUGUUUGGAAGAUCCUUCCUGAUUGCGGCCAUGGCAUGGAUUCGUUAUGCGGAGUAUCUGUUUCUGACGCUGUGUGUCCUGAAAUGUGUGGCAUGACUCUUGAUUGUGGCCAUAUUUGCCCACUUCUUUGCCAUAAAAGAAGUUCUCAUGAUGAAAUACAGUGCCAACAGCCUUGCCAGCGUGUAUGUUCAGAUCAACAUGGAUGUAAGAAGAAAUGCUGUGAAGACUGUGGCGAUUGCCUCACAAAAAUGAAGAAACUUCUGCCCUGCGGCCAUGAGGGAGAAGUGAAGUGUAGCCAGAAUUUAGCCGAAGUCAAUUGUGCCGUGAAAGUAAUCAAAAUCCUCACAAAUUGUGGACACUCGGUUGAGAUUGAAUGUGGGAAAGCAACGGAUGGCUACAAAUGUGAAAACCCGUGCGAAAAGCUCUUGUGUGCCGAUGGCCAUAUUUGCAAAAAAAUCUGCUUUCUACCUUGUGGAAAUUGCACCGUCAGAAUGAGUAGAGAACUUAAAUGUGGACACACCACGAAGAUGGAAUGUUUUGUGGAUCCUUCGAACGUGAAAUGUCGUGUCCCGAAAGAAUCUGUCCUGCCCUUGUGUGGGCAUUCAGCGACCAUUCACUGCGGAGAAGAGCCAACCGAAGCGAAUUGUCCAUUACCUUGCGAUGUUCGACUUGAAUGCGGACACACUUGCACGUUGAAAUGCCACGUCAAAAAAGAUCCUGAUCAUCAGAAUUAUCAGUGUAAGAAGGAAUGUGGAAGAAUGAAGCAAGGCUGUAAAAAGGAGCACAGGUGCGGGAAGAAGUGUUUCGAGGAAUGCGUUCUUUGCACUGAGAAAUGGAAACGAUCUUUGCCUUGUGGGCACACCAUUUUUACCGAGUGCCAUCGCAACGACGACGAAAUCUUUUGCUCGAAACGGACGAGGAAGAUAGUUCCAGAAUGUGGACACGAAGUAAACUUACCUUGCUCCACUGAACCAACCCGAGCCUUGUGUAAGAAAAUGUGUGCUUCGGAGUUGCCUUGCGGCCAUUUGUGCAAAAAAAAAUGCUGUGAACCUUGCAAUCAGGCUGAUUGUGAAGAACCCUUAACAACCACCAAACUGAACAUUUGUGGCCAUCAUGUCACUUUGAGUUGCAAAGAUUUUCACAAAGUCGGUGGCGUCCCUACGGAGAAACAAAUUCAAUCUCAUCUCUCAACCUGCUUGAAACCAUGUAAAGCCACGCUUAAUUGUGGACAUCUUUGCAAAGGGACCUGUGGCGAAUGUUUCAACGGACGAGUUCACCGUGCGUGUGAUGAAAAGUGCGGCCGCUCUCUGGUAUGUGGUCACAUAUGCAACGUCAACUGUGGCAUUUCUUGCCCACCGUGUGAACUAAAAUGCCAAUAUUCCUGCUCGCACAGUAAGUGUGGGCGCAAGUGCUGCGAACCGUGUAUGCCAUGCAAGGAGAAUUGUCCGUGGAGCUGCGAGCACAAGACUUGCACGAAAAAAUGUGGCGAGCCAUGUAAUCGUUCGCGGUGCGAUGAGCCGUGCAAGAAAACACUUCCGUGUGGCCACUCCUGUGCGGGACUGUGCGGUGAAAUAUGUCCACCCCUGUGCCGCGUUUGCGAUAAGGAUAAAUUGACGGAAUUCACUUUGCUGGGAAAUGAAGACGAGGAAGACGCCAAGUUCGUUUUCUUGCCGGAUUGUGGGCAUUGUAUUGAAGUGGAAGGAAUGGAUAAGUGGAUGGAUAUAGAUGGAGGCGGUCAAAUCCAGCAAAAGUGCUGCCCCCGUUGCAAAACCCCAAUUAAGAUCUGCAUGCGAUAUGGGGAAAUUAUUAAAAACACCUUCAAUGAUAUAACAAAAGCAAAAGCGAAAAUCUUCCAAUUGAAAGGCAAUCCGCUGGAAUUUUUUAACCACUGUUCUGCCAAGUUGACAAGAUGCAGAAACCUCGUCAGAAAAUGUGAAGAACUAAGGAGUUUGACUUCGACAGUGGUAGUAAUCGACAAGAUUUUGGGCUCAAUUGAUCAACAAGUAAAAUUGAAGAAAAAUGGCAAAGGGAACAACGUCCAUCCUCCUCUGGGUUCGGAUGUUCGUUUUCAGAUUGAAGUAAAUUUGGAUGUUUUGGAACGAGUUUUAGAAAUGUUUGGAAAAAUGACUUCGCCCAAGACUUCACUGACUUCACGCUCUCGUCUACUCACUCCACCGCCGCCACCUGCUCAAAAAAUGACUCCAGAACUUAUGAACGAAUUCUUCAACCUUGUAAGAAAACUGCUACGUUCAGUUGUGGAGAGAGUUCGGAUUUCUACAGGAGAAUACCAGGCAGUCUCUCGAGAAUUGGAUCGAUUCGAAUACGUUCGGGCGUAUUUUGUUUUACAGAGCACACCCAGUUUUCCUGUACUUGGCGCGUCAUCUCCUGAAAAUGUACUGAUUCAGCGUCUCUUGAUGAAGAACAUCCGCGUGCUAGAAAAUGAACAGAAAGUUGAACUACGAGCUGCCAUGGAAAAAUUGGGAGUCAAACUGAAAACGGGACUCGGAAUAACUGACAACGAGCGGAAGGAGAUCGUUCAAGCGAUGGGAAUGAGCAAAGGACAUUGGUUCAAAUGUCCCAACGGUCACAUCUACGCCAUUGGGGAUUGUGGAGGAGCCUCGGUUGAAAGUCGGUGUAACGAGUGUCAUGCUCGUAUUGGAGGAACUGGACAUCGAUUACUCGGCGACAAUAGGCUUGCGGGAGAGAUGGACAGCGCAGUUGGUCCCGCUUGGCCUCAAUGAAAUGCAGCCUUUUUUUUUUAAUUCGCACAUUUAAGCAAGCAACCCUAUAUUCCCCGCUUUUCCCUUACUCCCGCUAUCCUGUUUGAUUGCUGCUAAGCUUAUCAGUUGAAACCUAGUUUACCAAUACGUGUUGUAUAACACAUAUUACCAUGAUUAUAUACUCUCCCAUUUAACUGUAUGUUCGCAAUAAAAUUUGAUUUCUACCAAGAGUAAUACACAAA